AUGGACGGGGGAAAUGAUGCUGCCGAAGCUGUACGCAAUGGGCCAAGACUGAGCCUCCAAAUUCGAAUGGCUGAAGACCAGUCCUUCACGCCGCUAGCCAUUCGACUGUGGUGGGUUGGCUUGCUCACGCUGCACCUCGUGGGGGGAUUGUUCUUUGCACUUGUGUGUAGGGUGUAUUGGAAGAUGCCAGGCCUCGCCGUGACAACGUUUCUGGACUUCUACCAGCUCGGAAUGAACUCGAAGCACUACCAGGCCAUCGCUCUCGCACACGGCGCGAUUGCUGCUCUGCACGGCUUAUCGGCCCUAGCGAUGGUGACCAGGUCGAUCCGGAACAGGAGACUCGCUUUCCCUUUGUUCGGCCGUCGCGGGGUUUUCGGAGCUCAAGGGCCAUACUACGACCUGCUGUUGCUUAUUCGCGAAACCAUUGAGACCGCGCUGCAAACUUCGCAAGGUCUCCGCAUGAGCCAGAAUAUUCCCCGGCAGUGGCUGAACCGGUUCUACGUGACACUACUCGUGCUAAGUUGCUGGUCGACGGCGUUUGUGCAUCACAUGUUUCGACGCAACAAGACCAAGAUGCGGCUCGUGGCGCUUUUGAGCGAUUGUUUACUCGACCUAGUGACUUCGGUCGGCGUCUCCUUGCUCUUGGUUGUGUCCUACGUCCAAGAUUUUGAUGUUGCCACAGGAAAUUUCAGCAUACUUCGUUGGUUUCAGGACAAGUGGCUCGUGAACUCCAUGAACGAGUUCAACAUCAUCCUCGUCCGCUCGUGGGGGGACCUCGCAACACGAAUGGUUUUCGCAGUGAGCAUGCUGAGUAACUUGAACACGAUGGAGGGGCUCAUGACUGUGGCUGUGGCGAAAGACAGUUACAAGACCACAACUCAGCCUCGAGGGGCGUCAGUUGCUCCCUUUGAGAAGCCAAAUCCUCGAAUCGAGAGCCGAGCACACGUCGUGCAAGUGUGGACGGAAAGACUCGCGAGCUCCAAGAUUCUGAGAGUUGUGUUUUUCAGCUGGGGCGUUGUUAUUCUCGGUUUGCACAUUCACGCUGAAGCGAACAAGAUGCUUCCGCAGUGUUUAGUACAAGUUCACCCAUGGGGAGUCUCAAGACCGGCGUGUUCGCUGGUUCUCCUGAAUUGCCUUACAGACAAUACUGACGGAGACAGCGCGUACUCCGUUGCUCAAUGGAGUCAACUAGACGCAGAGUCAUUGAAAUCGUUGCUAGUUCGGAACUGCCCCCGGUUCCAGGUACCGUCGACGCUGACGUCCUUCCGGUCAUUGACAACAUUCAAAGUUUACAACUCAACUAUCCUGGAGUGGGGAGAAGACGCAGCGUUUAGCCAACACAGCCACCCCGCUAUGCACGGUGUGAUGUUCAUGCGAGUGAACUUUACAAAUGGAGAACUUCCGCUUGGGUUACUAUCACCACGCUUCCCGCCGUCGCUAAACAUCAUUGGCUUCGUCGUCUCGAAUCUGCGAGUUUUGCCGGAUGACUUGCACUUGAAAUGGCCUCGGUACUCCGCUAUUCACCUCGAUUCGACGCAGUUCACGGUGUUUCCAGAAACGCUUUGGAAGAUCAGUCCAUCGAUACUCAUCAUGCCCUACACGCCGAUCAAAAGUGUACCAAAAGAACUGUUUGAAUUAGAGGCUAUGUGGUAUCUAGACUUGGCGGGGACCGAGCUUUCGGCUUUACCCGAGGACGUGCCAGUGUUGACAAAUCCUCUCCUGGGUAUAAAUCUCGGAGGUACGAAUAUCUCUGUAUUCCCUUCGUGGAUCGACCCAUGGCUUCAACGAAUGGCAAAUCGAAACGCCCCACCUCUCGCAGCUGCUGGAACGCCCUAUUGCCUGGAGCUCGCGGAGAUUCUAGGUGGUAACCGGACGGAAUUCACUGGGGCGGCGACUCCAAGAGCAGCCGGUGCGGCUGUGUCCGUAUUGAUGGAUCCGUCACAAUUGAACAGAGCAUUUCUACCAAACGCAGUGAGCUGCCAACCGUCUUUCCUGUACCGCUACGCAUUGGCGUUCGAGGAUCAAAACCAAGUAAUUUAG